GGCAAACGCCGCGCCAGAGGGCGUCACGGACCUGGAGCACCCCGGCAAUCAAGCAAACGGCACCUCAUUUUUGGAAUCGCAGAUGCAGAUCGGUUCGCUCCAAUAUCCCCAUUACCCUGCAAAGGACUUCGCAGAGCACCACCACUUCCUUCAAAUCAUGGCCGGCACCUACGACUCCACGUUCCGAAACAUGCGCCUGACCAAGAACAUGUACGAGGGCAGCUCCUUCAUUGCAGCCUACCCAGUGGAACGAGUGCCGAAGAUGCCCCUCAGCGGCAUCAGCACCAGGGCCGGCGACCUGGCGCGCUUCACCUUCAAGGGGCUGCAAGCGAACAAGGUGCAGCAGUGCUACGUGCACAUGGUGAGCUAUCAGGUUGUCACGCUUUCGGGCUCUGGAAACCUAGAGACCAUGUCCCUUUUCGAAAGCUCCAUCACCGGCAACAUUCUUAACGACGGCAACACCUCAGAGAUCAGCGGCAUCACCGCAGGUCAGCUUGCGACGGUCUUGACGGCGCACACGCCUCUGACCGAGACGGCUACCAACACUGCCUCCAUUUCGGCCAACGCAACGGGCGUAGCCAACAAUGCGGCUGCCUUACCGGCCUUGCAAUCGCAAGUCGACGGCCUCCCACCUUACGCCUUGGCUUCCGACUUGGCAGCGGCAGAAGGGCUCCUUGCCGCCAACUCCAGCAGCCUCGCAGCACUGAAUAUUGGCGAGCAAGGCCAACCAAUCCGCCCUGGACACCCUGCAGUUGGAGGUGGACGGCAAAGCACCGCCCAGCCCGGCACCCGCACAGCGCCUGCCACCAUCAACCUUGCACCGCUCGCCAUCUCGGCUCACCUUCUACCCCGGGCCCUGCUCUUCUCCUUCGGCGCCUUGCACUGCCAGCCCCUCCUGCUGCGCCUUUGCCCCGCCUUCUGGCCCAGCUCCGGCGCUUCGAGCCCCGUGCCCCCGCAAGGUACAGCGGACGCCACGCAACACAUGCUCGCAGUCAUUCGCAAGUUUGCGCCCAGCACCCUGGAACGUUACUUGCGCAUAGCGCAACAAUUUCUUGGCUUUCUCGAGGCCUGCAACAUCUCCUUCGACUGCGUCACGCUGGCAGCCGUGCUCGACUACCUCGCAGCAGCCCGUGCCUCGCGCAGCCAAGACCUUGAAAUACACCGCAUCAGUGCCACCUCUGCCAUCAAAGCCCUGCGCUGGUUCCACAAACUCUCGCAGUGGGAACAACUCACCCCCGCCAUGCAAAGCCCCGUUAUUUCGGCCUACUCGUCGCGCAGCACCGCCAAAGACCGCAAAGAAGCUCUUCCAAUACCCAUGGCAAUCAUAGCGGCAUGGGAGCAACGAGUGGGCGACCCCCACACACCGCUCAGCACCGUUCUCAUCUUGGGCGCGGCUUUGUUGGCCAUCCAUGCCAGCCUCCGCUUCGGGGACAUACAGCGCGUCGACUUUGCGUCGCUUUCGCUCACCACGGUCGCACUGCACGGCAGUUGCUUCGCCACAAAAACUACAUCUCAGGGCCAACCCUUCGCGGUUACCCUGGCAGGCAUCACAGGCCGAGACACGCACUCCUGCUGGCCGCUACAUUGGUUGGCCGCACUGCAACGCGGCUGCUCGCCGUUUCGCGACAAAGACGGCGACCCAGACUUCCUCUGGGUCAGCACCGCACCGGACCUGCGUACCCUUGUCGAACUUGCACCAGCAUCUUAUUGCACCGCAAUGCUCGCUCUGCGUUGGGCUGCCACCUUGCCUUGGCCGGGGGCCAUUCCCGGCCUUACUGCUCGCGAAGCACUGCAACUCACCUUGCAUAGCAUGAAGAGCACCGUCCUUGCCUCGGCCGCACAGCUGCGCCUCAGCAAAGACAUCCGCUUGUCUCAGGGCCAUCACAGAGACAGCGCCGCACUCUAUAGCCGCAACGAUACUUUUGACAGCCUUUACGCACAGCGCCGCCUAUCUCUCGCACUGAGCCGCGGCUGGCGCCCAGAGCGCAGCAUUGCAC